CAGGAAGAAAUGUUUCCUACAGGCUCUCGUGCUCUGUUGCUUCUUCUGUCUGCGACGACUGCGUGCGAGGCCUUCGUGCAGGUGGGGAAUGUUGGCCUGAGCUUGAGAUCGGCCCGAUCGCCAUGCUCGACCUCUAUCAGCAUGUCUGCGAGCUCGUCGGCUUCCCUUCAUCGCAGGCAGGUUCUUGUUGCCUUGACUGCCAUCACCCCACUGGCGCUUGUCAAGGACGCCAGUGCAGCAGACAAGUCGGAAGGCGGCAAGCCGGCAGGAGAAUCCGAAGGAGCGACGGCGAUGCAGGAGUGCGACAGCAAGCCGAAGCCCAAGGGAGAGGAGAUCUGCGAGGUAGACUACUGAAAGAAGGCUGCAUGUACUUUAGCAGGCAGGUUGUGAGAGAAGUGGAGGAAUUGAACAGAAGGACAAAGGUAUUUGAGAGAAACAGCGGGAGUGGGAAAGUGAACAGAAAGGAACAGAG